AUGGUCAACUGCAACCCCAAAUCUACUCCUCCUGACUCCAAUGCUCGUCUUAGCGCUGCUAUGGUCCCGAAGAGUGAGGGAGAGAAGAAGAAAAAAGCCGUCAACAAAGUAUCGAUCGGUCGUGAAACCUUACUAUAUCUGUCAGCAACUACUCGUCCUGAGAUCUCCUAUAGCGUCUCUCAAGAAGCCAAGUUCUGUGAAAACCCUCAACCGGCUCACCGGAAUGGCGUGAAACGGAUCCUUGCUUAUCUGAAAGCUACUUGUGACUACGGCUUGUGGCUUGGUGGAAGAGAUGAACGUGUUGUGGGAUAUACUAAUGCUGAUUAUGCCGGUGACUUAGAUGAUUCCAAAUCAACGUCAGGUAACAUUUUCUUUUACAAAGGCGGUCCUGUUUACUGGGGAUGCUCAAAACAAACCUGCGUCGCUCUUUCCACUACUGAGAGUGAAUACAUUGCAGCCACUAAAGCGGCACAGACCGCAAUCUGGCGUGGUCUACUAGAAACGGAGGUUGAGACAGAAGAGCUAUACCUUUCAACCGUGACAUCCAAAACACCAACACCUGUUACCAUCUUCUGCGACAAUCAAAGCGCCAUUCGGCGUGUGAAAAAUCCAUAA